UAUACUUGCAGGCUCAGGUUAUAUAUCAUAAAUAAUUUAUUCAUUGCAUCCAAAUUCGAACUAUUGAUGAUUCGAAACUACUAGUGGAAAAGUAGGGUUAGCGAUGUUUUUAUUGCUAUGGAUUGUUCAUUGAAAAUAAUUUAAAUUUAUCGAAAUUGGAAAAUAUGUAAAAGAUUGUAUGAAUAUUUUAGCAAAACUGAAAAACUUUUUAUACUAAAAUUGUAACUACAUCCUGGACCUGGAACGACGGUGAAUGCGAAUGAAGAUGAACUGAUCAGUUUCUGUUGGAAAGUAUCUGGAAGAAAAAUAUGGGUCAUGUGACCGCAGACUGGACACCACUUGGUGAUGUUUUUUACAGAACUGUUGAACUGUAUGUCAUGGCAUGGAAAGGCGAGAUUGACAUCACAAAACAUCAUAUUGCAGCAGCGCAUUAUGGUGGACCAAUUGCUCUGUGCAAGAAGCAAAUGUACAUACCUGGAGUAAAACCAUUGAUCUAUAUAUACUCAGCUGCUGGAAGACUCAUGGCUGAAAUUAAUUGGGAUGGUGUUAAUCUUGUUCAAAUGGGAUGGUCCGUGUUUGAAGACUUACUGUGUGUUGCUGAAGACGGAACAAUUUACGUGUAUACGUUGUUGGGAGAUUUUAAAAGAGUCAUAACCACAGGACAGGAAGCCAAAGAAUCUAAAGUGAUAGAUUGUAGAUUUUUCUCAAGCUGCAUGGGUACGGGGAUCACUAUGUUAACUGGAAAAUACUGUUUUUAUACAAUAAAUAAUUUACAAGAGAAAAGAAUUCGAAAGAUGGCCAGUCCACAAGGUCUCGAUGCUCCCCCCAACAGCUGGAUCACGAUUCCUGAAGAACGAGGAUCGCGUGUUUUAGUUGCUGUUGAAAGCUUUUUAUUUUCUCUCACGAUUGAAAAUGUUGUUAAAUUAAAUCCAGAAAUUUCGAGCGAAAUUAACGCAAUUACAGAAAUGGCGCUGUCUGUGAACAACAAAUACUUGGCACUUUUUGCUGACACUGGUUUAGUAUGGAUAGGAUCGUCAGAUUUAAAAACUGUUUACUGUGAAUUUAACACCCGGCAAACCUCGCGUCCAGAGCAGCUUGCUUGGUGUGGAAAUGGAGCUCUGAUCUGUUAUUGGCAAUUUCAGUACAUGAUGAUUGGACCAGACAAAGAUGUUGAUACUCGUUUUCUCGACGACGAUAUUUAUAUGGUGCCUGAAAUUGACGGAAUUCGGAUUAUCAGUAACGAAAAGCACGAAUUCCUUCAAAAAGUUCCUAGCGUUGUGGAAAAUGUAUUUAAGAUUGGUUCGUUUGAGUCAGGGGCCAUGUUGUAUGAAGCAAUGAAAGAAUUUGAGAAAAAAAGCGCAAAAGCUGAUGAGUACAUUCGUAUGAUAAAGGAUAAGCUGUCGGAAGCUGCAAAACAGUGUAUACAGGCUGCAGGAUCUGAAUUUGAGCAAACAUUACAAAGAAGUUUAUUGCGCGCGGCUUCAUUUGGAAAAAGUUUCGUCACUGAAUCUGAACCUCAUCAAAAAUUUGUCGAAAUGUGCCAAAUGUUACGAGUGUUGAAUGCUGUUCGUGAUUACAUCGUUGGUGUUCCACUGACUCUUGUCCAAUUGGAAAAAAUGUCUAUUCCUGUACUUAUUGACAGGUUGGUUUUGCGAAGACAGUAUUGUCUAGCUAUUCGCAUAAGUAACUAUUUAAAAAUCCCUAAACGCGAUGGAGAAAGCAGAAUAUUGGCUCACUGGGCUUGUUUUAAGGUGCAACAAACGAACAAAGAUGAUGAAGACAUCGCUCAAGCUAUCGCUCUAAAACUUGGUGAUGCACCUGGUAUAUCAUACACAGAGAUAGCAUCUAAAGCCUUGAAUUGUGGACGAACUCAAUUGGCAAUCAAUCUUUUGAAUUAUGAAUCCAAAGCAGAAGACCAAGUCCCACUGUUAAUUGAAAUGAAGAAAAAUCAGUUGGCAUUAGAGAAAGCAAUCGAAAGUGGUGAUACUGAUUUAGUAUAUAUGGUAGUGAUGAAAAUGAAGGCUAAAAACGAGCAGAUAAAAGAAUUAUUAAAGACCUUAAGACCUUUCCCUGUUGCUCUGAGUCUCUUUAUCAAGUAUUGUAAAGAACAAGAACUUAGGACAUUGGAAAGUCUUUAUUUGAUUGAUGAUCAAUUUCUUAACCUUGCAAAUCUUCAUUUGCAUAACAGUUACAUGACUGUGGAGAUGGACAAAAAGAUUGAAUGUUUGAGAAAAUCUGCCAGUUAUUUUAGCCAGGGAAAUCUUUUGUUCCCAAAGCAGGCAAUUGAUGAACAUAUCAAGUUAUUAGAAAAGCAGAAAGUUUUUGAGGAACAGUUAAGAUUUCCAGGACUCAUUGGAUUAUCCGUUAGUGAUACUAUUUUUGAGUUAGUUAAUAAAGGUAAAGAUAAAGAAGCAGAACAAUUUAGAAAAGAAUUCAAAGUUCCUGAUAAAAGAUAUUACUGGUUGAAGUUGCGAGCUCUAGCUAAAGCUCAUGAGUGGGUGAAACUUGAUGAAUUCUGCAAAAGUAAAAAACCUCCUAUAGGAUACGAGCCGUUUUUUGAAGCAUGUUUCGAGUACGAUAAUUUGAAAGAAGCGGAAAAGUAUAUUUCACGUGUUCCCAUUGAAGAGCGAAUGAAAUGUUACGUAAGAGUCGGGAACAUCGAGCAAGCAGCCAUUGUUGCCUUCAAUCAAAAGAAUGAAGAAGCUCUGAACAGCCUUUUGGGACGUUGCGGGACAAAUAGGACACUUAUCUCAAAAAUCGAUUCAAUGAAAGCGCAGCUUUCUCAGAAGAGAUAACUUAAGUUUCGUGAAACCAUUUUUUAAAUGGAGAUGAUUGAUUGUUUAUGUCAUGUUGUCAUUUUUACUCCUGCAAUCGUCUAAAAUUUCGAUCUGUUGAACGAUUAAUGUGAAAAACAUAUUUUAUUUUGCAAUAUUAUUUUAGCACAUGUGACAUGUGACAUUAUGUAAGUAGGUAUGGAACAUGCAGCACGGUUAUAUGGAGUAUAUAGUUUGAACUUUGAAGCAUAGCAUGUUGUAGUGUAUAGAAGCUUAAAGUAUAACAUGCAGUAGUAAGUUGAAGCUUGAAUUAGUAAGUUAUUGUAUUUUGAAGCUUUAACUAGCAUGUUGUUGUAUGUAGAAGCUCCAGCAAGCGUGUUGUAGUUGGUAAAAUCUUGAACUAGCGUUUUGUAAUAUGUAGAAGCUUUAGGUACCGUGUUGUAUUGUGUAGAAGCUGGUAGGAUGUAGAAGUUUCAACUAGCGUGUUGUAAAAUUUUGAACUACCAUUUUGUGGCAUGAAGAAGAUUGAAUUAGCGUGUUGUAGCAUGUUGAAGCUUGAACUAGCACGUUCUACUUUGUAGAAGCUUGACAUAGUAAGUUGUAGUAUUUAGAAGCUUGAACUAGCGUGUUGUAGCAUGUAGAAGCUUGAGAAUUAGCGUGUUGUAGCAUGUAGAAGCUUGAAUUAGCGUGUUGUAGCAUGUAGAAGCUUGAACUAGCGUGUUGUAGCUUGUAGAAGCUUGAACUAGCGUGUUGUAGCUUUUAGAAGCUUGAACUAGCGUGUUGCAGCUUUUAGAAGCUUGAACCAGCGUGUUGUAGCAUGUAGAAGCUUGAACUAGCGUGUUGUAGCUUGUAGAAGCUUGAACCAGCGUGUUGUAGCUUGUAAAAGUUUGAACUAGCGUGUUGUAGCUUAUAGAAGCUUGAAUUAGCGUGUUGUAGCAUGUAGAAGUUUGAAACAGUUCCAAUUUUAUAUUUAUUUGUUUUUGACUUAUUUCCAAAUAAAAAAUCUCGUUAGAGUAUAGAUUCAAUGAGUAAACCGCAAUUCAAAUGAAAUAAUCUGGCUUAAGCGUAGCAUAUUGUAGUCCUGUUGCUUGUAGUAUUUUCUAGAAGCCUAUUUAAUGCAAUCGGAAAUAGCUAUGAAAGAGAUAAUUUGCACCCGCAAGAAUAAAUAUAAUACUUUCCCUCGUGUAA